AUGUUUAAUUUAUUAAUGUUACUUUUUCUUGUCGGGGGCUGUGUUUGUCAAGGCAAAAGGCCAAAUUUUGUCCUUAUAUUAACGGACGAUCAAGAUAUCGCCCUUGGGGGCAUGGCACCAAUGGACAACGUACGGCGUUUUAUUGCGAGUGAGGGUGUUACCUUUACGAAUUCAUACGUGACUUCACCAAUCUGCUGUCCGAGCCGAGCCAGCUUACUCACUGGACUUUACGUCCACAACCACAAGACUGUUAACAACACCCUCCAAGGCGGCUGCUACGGCACCCAGUGGAGAGACACGGAUGAGAAGCACACCUUCGCCACCGUACUGAAAAAAGCCGGCUACGAAACGUUCUAUGCUGGAAAAUAUUUAAAUGAGUAUGGUGUCCACGAAGCCGGCGGGCCGGAGCGUGUCCCUUCAGGCUGGUCUGAGUGGCACGGCCUGGUCGGCAAUUCCGUGUAUUAUAACUACACAAUAUCCAACAACGGAGUGCCUACCCAUUCCACCGAUCAAUAUCUCACCGAUGUUAUUCGCGAGGUAGCAGUCAGCUACAUCGAGAAUCAGACGGAGUCUAAUCCAUUCCUCAUGGUGUUAGCUCCACCCGCACCCCACCAGCCCUUCACCCCCGCACCCCGUCACGAAGGGAAGUUCAGUAAUGUGACAGCCAUCAAGCACCCCAACUUUAAUAUCGCGGCUGAGAAUAAACACUGGCUGCUCCGCAUGCCUCCGUCCCCUCUCCCGCCCUCAACCCUCCCAGAGCUGGACCGCGUGUAUCGCUCGCGGUGGGAGGCUCUGCUAGCCGUAGAUGAGAUGGUAGCAGAUGUCGUCGGCACGCUGGAGACGAAGGGUCUAUUAGACAAUACCUAUCUUAUCUACACUUCGGAUAAUGGGUACCAUGUCGGGCAAUUCGCGCAAGUCUACGACAAACGCCAACCAUACGAAUCAGACAUCAAGGUUCCACUCGUAAUCAAAGGGCCGGGAAUCGAACACAACGCCUCCUACUCCAAUCCCGUUCUAAACAUAGACAUAGGACCUACUAUCAUUCAUUUAGCGGGCCUGGUUCCUGAGGGUAUGGAUGGGAGACCGAUUAACGUCCUGGCUGAGGAGAAAGCUGAGAGGUACAUGCUCGUGGAGUAUCGUGGGGAAGGAAGAACUGGGUCUGUGGAUGAAACUUGCCCAUGGAAAUAUGAUGGGAUCCACUUGGCUGAGUGCUACCCACAAUAUGAAUGCAAAUGUCAAGACGCCAGCAACAACACGUACUCUUGUAUCAGACACAUUGCGGAUAGGAUUGAUAUGAAGUACUGCGAGUUUAACGACCUGGAGAAAUUCGUAGAAAUAUACAAUCUGAGGAACGACCCGUACGAGCUUCACAACGCAGUCAACGAUAUAUUCCCCGCCAUCAAACAUUGGUACAAACUCCUGUUGACCAGGAUGGUCGCCUGUACCGGCGUCAAGAACUGCGACGACCCUCUCAUUAUAUAUAAGGAUGCGGAUAAAUAG